CGUGUAACAUUCCUAUUAUAUUUCAUUAAUUUAAAUUAAAUAAUUAAUAAAAAUGGGUAAUAAAAGAAAAUUUGUAGCCACAAAAAAGCUUACUUCACAUUCUACCCCAGUUGAAGUUAUUGUAGAAAAUGCGUCCAGUCAUCCACUAUGUAUGCAUGGACCUACAUUGUUAUUUUCUAGUGAAAAAGGAAGAUAUUUCGCAUGUGCUUCUUGUAGAAACAAAAAGGAUUGCACAGUGCGCAUUUAUGAAGAGGAUUGGAAAAAAGAAAGUGUAAAAAAAAAUAAUGAAAAGUACCGUAGUCUUAUUUCAAAACUCGAUAAAGUUGCAGCAUGGAACCAUUUCAAAGAGGUGAAGUCUAGACAUCCAUCUGAUCGAGCUUAUUGCAAUACCUGUCAGGAACUGUAUAUAAUAUCUCAAAGCAGAAAACACUUAAAGGAUCAUAGAGUAGUGAUGCCUUUAACUGAAGAGCAGCUAAGUCACCCUACAUCAUUCCUACCCCCUUUAGAGGAUAAUCAAAGAGAAGCUCAAUACAUAUUUACAAAGAAGUCUGUGAGCACUGUGCUUGGGAUAAUGAAAAAUAAUAAAAUAAGUAAUGUAUUAUGUAUCGGAACUCCAUCUGUCCAUGAAGCGGCACAAGAACACCCAGACUAUGACUCUUUACUCUUGGACUUUGACACUCGCCAUCACCUUUUCUAUCCAGCUAAUAAAUUCUUAUGGUACAACAUGUUCAACAAUUAUCUUUUUAAUGGAAAUGAAGAUGAUAAAAUACUAAAGAAAUUUUUCAAGACUUCUAGAGAAAAGGGCAUGUGUAUAGCUAUUGAUCCACCAUUUGGUGGCCGUGUUGAACCAAUAAUUCAAACAAUAAAAGAGCUUUCUGAGUUAUAUAACAAGGUUUGUAACGGAGAUGGAAUCUUGCCAGUCAUAUGGGCUUUUCCAUAUUUUGCUGAACCUUACAUUAAAAACAUGAUGCCCGAAAUUAAGAUGCAUGAUUAUCAGGUUGAAUAUCAAAAUCACAAAAAGUUCCAAAACAGUAAAGGUGGUAGAAAAUUUGGAUCUCCUGUACGUUUUUUCACCAAUCUACCAUUUUCAACCAUUGAUCUUUCUAAUGAUAGCAGCUAUAGAUAUUGUGAUAAAUGCAAAUAUUGGGUGUCUGUUAAAAACACACAUUGUAAUAAGUGCAAAGAAUGCACUAGUAAAAACGGCAUGACAUAUAAACAUUGCAACACAUGCAAGCGCUGUGUAAAACCAACAUUCAUACACUGCCAGAAAUGUGAACGUUGUUGCCUAGAGAAGGGCCAUGUUUGUGGCACUGUUGUUGAAUCACAGUCUUGUUACAUAUGCAAUGAAAAAGGUCACAAGAAAGCUGACUGCCCUCAGGAAAGUAAUGGUGACAUAAAGAAAAAACGUAAUUUUAUAAAGAAAUAAUUGUAAUAUAUAUUUUACUUAUAAAAAAGUUAUUA